GGGGUUCCAGUCAAAAGGGAAAGCUAGCUAGCUACUCAGAACUGAUAGCAGAUCCUAAUUUCAAUGGCAAAUUCUAAGCUGCAAGCGCUGUGGAACCACCCUGCCGGCCCUAAAACUAUUCAUUUCUGGGCUCCAACUUUCAAAUGGGGAAUAACCAUUGCAAAUAUUCUCGACUCCUCUAAACCACCUGACCAAGUUUCCUAUGCUCAACAAACAGUGAUUAUGGGCAGCGGACUUAUAUGGGCAAGAUGGGGCACAGUUAUCACCCCAAAGAACUGGAAUCUAGUCAGCGUCAACUUUGGGAUGGCCGUCACUUCCAUGUUUCAACUCGCACGUAAAACUCAGCAUGACUACUUAUCUUCCAAAGACCAAUUAGCUGCUUCAGAGAACAAUGAAGGCCAAUAGUCUCAAUUUAUCUUUAGCUAUUAUAUGAUGUAACCUGUGCCUCUCGCUAAUUGGGAGUAGAACAUGAUUAAUUGGUGUUUAUUUAGAUUUACUCAAACAUCUGCAUUAGAGAAACCCUCUAGCUUAAUUACCUAUGUAUGUAUGCAAAGCUGUCCAAAAUACUCUAGCACACCAAUUAAAGCAAAUCAUUCCUAACCCUAGUUAAUUUUGUGCAAUGCAUCUGCUUGCUAUUUUUGCACAAGAUCAAAUGGCAAUUCAAUUAAGCUUAUAACUUCCAGAUCGAAAGUAGGCAAUUGAUAUGAUAAAAGAAGUACAGCUACCAAAAUAACGACAAUGAGGAGCAGAACUGCUACUGUUUUCUGGGUAGGCGUUGUCGUUGGCGUGAUUAUCAG